CAAAGUCAAAAUCAUGUGUGAGUGAAAAACAAAACAAGAUCUGGAUAAUAUUGAAAAAUCUGAAUAAAUUUACUGUAAUAAUAGGAAUUUAGAGAACUCUACCUCAAUUUUUUCAUACUUUCUCGGCCUUCUCUAUUAGUUCUAUAAAACCAAUGCUGAAUAAAGAUCUAGUCAAAAUGGUGAAGGUUUGGAAAUUGGGGCUGAUCAGUUACGAUACGGCUUUGAAGAUCCAGGUCGCUCUGGCUCGCAAGCACCUCGACGCCAUGGCCAAGUCGCUAGACGCAGACUAUGAUACUCUACUUCUGGUUGAGCAUAAACCUGUUUACACUGUUGGUAUCAGAAAUGACAUGCCAUAUAAUGAAAUAAGUCGGUUGAAGAGCACAGGUGCUGAGUUCCGACAGACAAAUCGAGGGGGACUCAUAACAUUCCAUGGUCCAGGCCAGCUGGUCGCAUAUCCAAUUAUUAAUCUGAAGCAUUUCAAAACCAGUGUGAAGUGGUAUGUCAAUAGUCUAGAAGAGACAGUUAUCAAGAUGUGCGAAGAAAUGGGUAUCAAAGGAUCCCGCUCACCACACACUGGGGUCUGGGUAGACGACAAUAAAAUAGCUGCUAUCGGCAUUCAUGCAUCCAGGUAUGUGACAACCCAUGGUAUAGCCCUAAACUGUGACAAUGAUCUCUCCUGGUUUGACCACAUUGACCCCUGUGGUAUCCCUGACAAGGGUGUCACAUCACUGUCACAAGAAACUGGUAAAAAUUGCACCACUGAUAAAAUGGCGCCAAUAUUUCUACGAAACUUUGAGAAAGUUUUUCAAUGUCAAACCGAGGACCUGGAUGCCAAAGUGCAGGAGGAAAUACUAAAUGGUGUUUACAGCAAACUUCUAGUAACAUCCACCAGCUAGUAUAAGGAUUGUAGCUGCAUAGUCUCAGCCACUUGAUUGAUAAUAUAUUUUGUUAGGUCUAUUGUUUGUACAAAUUUUAAAGUCUACAAUGUUGUUUAGUGUUCUUUAUACAUGUUGAAAUAAAAUAUAACUGUUGAUUUGUA